AUGGCUCUGUUUCUACGGCAGAAUGCACUGAGAGCUGGUCUUCCCCGGGAGCUGGUAGCAUCAUGUACGCUCUCACUUAAUACGCGCCACUUCAGCGUGCUCCAUCGCCCACCCCCGAAUUACCCUGGCCAUAUUCCUCUCACUCGCAUCGAGAAGCUAGGUCUCGCAGUAGGCUCAGCCUUUGGCUCCCUGCGAGACCCGUAUCGUGGAGACCUGAUCGCAGCCCUGGGCGAAGCAACCGCAACACCCUACUUCAUCUACCGCCUCCGCGACGCCAUGCUCGCGGAUCCUACCGGCCGUCGAAUCCUCAAGGAGCGACCCAGGAUCACAAGCAAGACGAUGCCGCUGGAAUAUCUGCGCGCGCUGCCCGAGAACAGCGUGGGAAAGGCCUACGCCGACUGGCUCGACCGAGAAGGCGUCACGCCCGACACGCGCAGCGCGGUCCAGUACAUCGACGACGAGGAGUGCGCGUACGUGAUGCAGCGGUACCGCGAGUGUCACGACUUCUACCACGCCAUCACCGGGCUCCCGAUUAUCAUCGAGGGCGAGAUUGCGGUCAAGGCGUUCGAGUUUGCGAAUACGUUGCUGCCCAUGACGGGGCUCAGUUUGUUUGCGUACGUGAGGUUGAAGAAGGAGGAGAGGGAGAGGUUCUGGGACAUUUAUCUGCCAUGGGCAGUGAGGAAUGGGAUUCAGGGGCGAGAGAUGCUGACGGUUUACUGGGAGGAGGAGCUGGAGAGGGACGUAGGGGAGGUCAGAAGGGAGUUGGGGAUUGAGAAGCCAGUUGAUUUGAGGGAGAUCAGGAAGGCCGAGAGGGCGAAGAAGAAGGCCGAGAGGGAGGCUAGAGAGAGGGCUGCAGAUGGGCUUGGGUUGAACUGA